AUGACCACCGAAAUCCCCGCAGCAGCUUCGCUUUCUCACCCUCAACUUACCCAUAAUGGGUUUGUGGGCCGCACUCAAACCGGUUCUGCUCAGAGCAAGACCAAGGAGUAUAGCGUUAGCAGAGAUACCGGCAUCAUGACCAACGUGUUCACUACGACCGGUAUGGCGACGAGCAGGCUGACGAGGGAGCAACCCUCAUCUCCCUCCUCAUCCUCGACUGCCUCUACAGCCAACUGCAAACCGACCACAACACUAAAGAACCCAAGUGAUCGUCCCCUGCGUAUAGCAAUCCUCCUCAACUCAUACAACUCCCCCAAUCUGCCUGCGAUCUGCGCAUCCUACAUCCGCACGAUCCAUUCCAUUGCACCGAGCACUGUGCUACACUUCUAUUAUCCCGCUUACUACUCCCCAAGUUACCCCAAAGGGUUUAAUCCCUCCAACUCCUCUUCUGAGCAGCCCGCCGCCCAUCAACCCGGCAAAUGCUCAUCGACCACAUGCCCCUUCCCAGAAGCCGACUCUGCUUCCUCCUCUCGAGGGCUUGGGUCCCCCGCUUCUUCCGUGGAAACUGGCCCCUCCUCAACCCAAGGAUCAAGCCCCUUGGGAUCCCCUCAGGGACCCUCACUGCCUCCCCUCCCAGACCCCUCCCAAUACGACCUCAUCGUCCUCGGUGGCGGUAAUAUCGACCCGCGCUCGAACGCGCCAUGGGUGUUGCGCGUGCACGAGUAUAUUCGUUCCCUCGUAAAACACUGGCCGAAGCGUAAGGUGCUGGGCAUAUGUUGGGGUCAUCAGACGCUGUGUCGGAUUUUUGGUGCUCAAUUGGAGGAUCUUAAAGUUCCUGAGCUCGGCGUCACCACAACCCCCCUAACGCCCCUCGGCCGCACAUUCUUCCACACGCCCCCGUCCCACCCAGGGCAUCUCCGCAUCCAACAGCAUCACCGUCGGGGCGUAAGCACCACACCCCCUGGCUUUUCCGAACUGUUAGCUGGCAAACAGUCUUUUCUCAGCCACAGCGGCACGAUCUUGACGUUCCAAGGGCAUCCCGAGAAGGACGCACAAUGUGCCAAGAUGAGGCUGUAUGACGCCGUUAGAUGGUUCGGCGUCGAUCCGAACGAUCGAGAGAUGCUAAAGAAGUAUGAGGAGGCUAUGGAGCUCCCGCAUGAUGGGCGGGAGAUUUGGGUCAGGGUGCUGGAGUGGGUGCGGGAGAAGACCCCGGAGAUACACUUAUAG